AUGUCUGUGGCGAAGGGCAUCGAUCAAGAGUUUGUCCGCGACAUGACAGUCACCUCGAAUGGGGUGCUGAUUUUUACCGGCUUGUUCGCAGCCGUUGUCGCGAACUUCCUCGUACAGACAUACAGUCUUCUCCCCACUGCUCCUGAACCAGAUCAAGCCACGGUCGUACUUCGUGAGAUGCUGACCAUCAUGCGCUCAGACCAGUCUGGGAACGACGUAUCGAGUAGGCUUAUACAGAUGGACGCUGCGACCACGUACAGCCCCACUACAUAUGCAACUCGGUUGAACACCGUCUGGGCGCUAAGCCUUGUUCUUAGCCUAUUCAGUGCAUUCAUGGCCACCCUCAUCCAAACAUGGGUUAGGCAGUAUCUCAGUGCUAUACACGCUGCAGGUUCUCUCCACGACCGCGCUUUACUUCAUGCUAGUCUGCUGGGUGGCGUCAAACAAUUCGCAAUGCGAUACGCAGUUGAUCUUGUCGUGAUCCUACUGCACAGCGCCGUAGCGCUCUUCUUAUAUGGUCUGACAAUCUAUCUCGAGGCUGCGAGCCACAUCGUCGCGCGGCCUGUCAAGGCAGCGUGUAUCCUAUUUGUCAUUGUCUACAUGACAUUCACCGUUUCGCCUCUUCUAUUUCCUACCUCCCCUUAUUCGACGCCGGUGUCUGAGCCACUGCGUUUGCCACUGAGUGCAAUCGUAUUUCUUGCCCGCUGGAUCUUGUGGAUCCCUAUCCUCUUGGCAAAUCACUAUCUGGGACUGAUACAACCAUUUGCGCAAUGGAAGCGUUUAUCUGUCCUGUUGGAUCCUUUAGCUAUCGCUCAGGACAGGAGGAGAAGGCUCAUGACAUCGCUGCGAACUCAUUCAGAACAGCGGAGUAGAGUGUUCUUGCAGCAAUUGUCGCAAGCAUUCCAGAAAAGCGCCAAUACUAGGCUCUUCUUUGCGCAUAUACCCCAGGAGAAAGACUCAAUCCUAGUCGAAGAUGACCAACAGGCCUAUCGUCUUAUGUUGCAAGCCGGUCUUCAUCAUGAAGUUGCUUGGUUCAUUGAUUCCAUGCCUCACGAUAAUUCACUCAGUACCAUGACGGAGGACAUACGCAUCGCGUCAACGAUCAGUCGGCAUAUCAUAGAGCACUCUACAUCCGACGAUGAUGCCAUAUUGCCCUUGUUCAAAGCAUGGCAGGCCCGAACCGACCACCCGAACCCCGAUCUGAGUCUGAUUGCGCUCUGUCAAGUGGCGGACGCGCGGCUACGCUUCUUAAAGUACCCUUCGCCGCAGGCCACAAGUGGUAGCCACGUCAAGGCAUGGUGGAAACAUACAGAUGAUGUCAACGCUCUUAGCGCGGGAUCGGGUACAGAGCAUGGCCAGAUGCAAGGCUACCUAUUCCGUCUUGAGAGCAUGCAUUUCCCGAUAUCUCUGCCCGCAACUCCUCGAUCGACGCAAUCUCCAGAUAGUGCUGGAGCUCCUUAUAUCUGCCGCCAUCUGAGUACUUUGGCUUUCGUCUCAUUCGUUGCUUCGAUAGCAUCCACACUCGCACGCGGCGCGUCAUCAGCAAAACCCAUAUCGAAUGCUGUUUUAGCGGCAUGUGUUCCGACGCUGAACGCUCUUGUCGACAGAGUGAUAACUGAUAUACCCUCCAAGGCGUCCUAUGCGCACUAUCAGCUUCGCGCGCUGUUGAAGAUCCUAUCUGCGAACAUGCUUUCUUCCUCCGCCGGCCAUUCUGCGACAGCAUCUACUUCCCAGAAGGGCUCGCAAGACGGGAGCGCAUUAGUCGAACGUUGGGAUGAGUUGCAGAUCGCCUUGCAGCGCGUAUCGGAUGCCUUGGAAACAAUGGUCGAGGAUGGGGAACAUCUGACGAACACGGACUCUACAUUACGUCCAUUCCCAGAUAUGUACAAUGCGAUCGGCCGUCUUAGGGUAGGGUCUGUCUAG